AUGGCGUGGGGCAACCAGACAAUGGUGACCGAAUUUGUUCUGCUGGGUCUUUCUGAAACCUGGGAAGUCAACAUCCUCUUAUUUAUAUUGUUCCUCCUCCUUUACACGGCUACUCUCUUCAGCAAUAUUCUCAUCUUCUCAGCAAUAAUCAGCAAUCACCGCCUUUUCGAUUCACCCAUGUUCUUUCUGCUAGCUCAUCUGGCUUUACUGGAUCUGUGCUUGUCCUCCUUUGCCACCCCAAGGUAUCUCUUUGAUUUCCUUGCCCAACGCCAAACCAUCUCUUUCCAGGGCUGCAUGGCCCAAAUUUUCUUCCUCCACGUCUUUACGGGUGGCGAGAUGCUCUUGCUGACAGCUAUGGCCUAUGACCGGUGCGUGGCCAUCUGCCAUCCUCUCCGCUAUACCUCACUCAUGAGCCGGCACCAUUGCAUAGGGCUUGUGCUGGCGUCCUGGGCGGGUGGGCUCCUACAUGCCAGUGUGCAACUGAGUUUCACCAUUAACGUGCCCUUCUGUGGGCCCAAUCAGGUAGACAACUACUUCUGUGACAUUCCCUUGGUCAUCAAGUUGGCUUGCAUUGACAUCUAUCCCCUGGAAGUCAUGAUGGUGACCAACAGUGGCAUUUUGACACUGGUGUCUUUCCUUGCUUUGCUUCUCUCCUACGCACUCAUUCUCUCCACAAUCCGCUCCCGGGGCUCCAAGGCUGCCUCUACAUGUACCUCUCACCUCAUUGUGGUCUCCAUGUACUUUGGGCCCUGUUUGUUUAUUUACCUGCGUCCAGACACCCGGUUCAUGUUUGAUAAAGUGCUCUCCGUCUUCUACAUCUCUAUCACCCCCUUUAUGAACCCUACUGUCUAUGCGUUGAGGAACAAAGAGAUUAAGGCCGCCAUGAAAAGACUGAGACAUUAUGUGAAGGCAUUCAAGAGGCAGCUGUCCAGGCACCUGUUUGUCAUUCUCCUCCAACAGACAUCCUUUGUUCUGACAGAGAAAGGUAAGAAGGAGAACAAAUCCUCAGUUCAGCGCUACUAA